AUGGUUGCAGUUCCGACUACCGAUGACCUCAAGGUACUUGUUGCAGUGCUGAAUCAAUUUGCGUCCCAAAAUCACGUUCUCCCUACACCAGAUCAUACAAGACGAGCGGUUGUCGAGGUACCGGUGGCGGCCACCACGAACGAGCCUGGGCUAUCCUCCACACAGGAACUUAAAGGUGUUAAGAAAGCAGUGAGGGGAAGGGGCAAGAAAAAGGUUGUUAAAGCGGAUGUCAUUGAGCUGGACGGGGAUGGAGACGAUAAAUUCUGA